AGGCAUACUUGGGUUAAAUGGAAUCGAGUAGGUCAUCCAAAAAGCAAUCCAAACUCCAAAAGAAACCGAAAUUCAAGCGCGUAGAUUCCAAAGAGAACUGUUCCAACCUCGAACUGAAAACCAGAUACGAACGAAUGCUGAAAGAUAACGCCAAAUUGGACGAAGAGAUAGCAGGAUUGGAGGCGAAAGGGGUCUCCACUGAUCUCAAACCGCAGAUGGUCGCUUUGCACGAGUAUAACGAGAUGAAAGACUUGGCUCAGAUGAUUCUAGGGUAUUUGGCCGAUGUUGAACAAACCACCAUUACUGAGCUGCACAAACGUUUCAACUUGCCAAUGGAAUAGAUUUUCCAUCGACCUACAUAGUUCAAAACAUUUGAGAAAUGUCUGACAUUUCUGACGAUAUUAUACAUUCUGAUAGAAAUAACGAAAAAGACGACAACAUGUGCAGAGACUAUGUACGAGGCCAGUGUGACAGAACAUUUUGUAAAUUCAAACACGAUAAUGAACCUAGACUGUUGAACUUCUGCCACGAUUUUCAAAAUCAUGUUUGUCCAAGACCUCACUGCAAGUUCAUUCAUUGCUCUGCCGAUGAUGCAGACGAAUACAAACGCACUGGUCAGAUGUCUUGUCAGAUUUUGACAGAGGCGACCAAGAAGAAUCAGAUGCCUGGGGCACUGAACAUCUGCAACCAGUUCCGCAAAGGUCAGUGCAGGAGGAGCAACUGCAAAUACCGGCAUAUCACCAAAGAGCAGGAAGAGGCUGAAGUGAUGGAGCUGAUCCAGAAUUUGCCUCAGAAACAGGUACCGGUGGUGCUCAAUAGUAAUGUCAACGAAGGGCAGAUAAUUACUCUGGGAUCUUUGAAUAAUGUUAUAAGACGAAGUGGUGUGAAUUUCGAAGAGUAUCAAGAUGAGGGUUUGCCCUUGUUGAAGCGGCGUUUUAUCACUGCUCAAGAACACGAAAUUCUGCCCUGCGAAAUUAUAGAACCCAGUCAAGCGAGGCCUGUGUUCAAGGGCUAUUUUGCUGGUAAUCCUCCUUCACCAAUAUGGAACAGAAUAGAUGCGAGAAGUAUCAUGUUGGAAGAGGAAAAUAAUAUUCUUCACAAAGAGAUAGUACAGUUGAAGAAACAGGUCUCCGACCUGACGGCCACCAACGAAUUCCUGCUGGACCAGAACGCCACGCUCCGCCUGUCCGGCAAACGGAACGUCUCCGCGGCAACGGCGGCCCAGCAACAGCAACAGGUCAACAGGACGGUGAUAGCCAGCGUGGCCGCCGUGCCCGUCUCUCUGGCCACCGUCUCCACCUGCAACGCCGUCUCCGGCAACCAUUCCGUCUCGAUAGCCGGCUGUCCGACGGUCAGCAUCGCGCCCGCGGCGCCGCAGCUGUUGGCCAACAGUCAACAGAUUCUAGUGACAACCAACCCCUCCACCCAACUGGCCAUCGCCAACAGCUCCCAGGCGCAACUGGCCAUCGCCCAACAGAACCUGGCCAACAACCUGGCAGCCCAGCAACCCCAACUCUCCUCCCAAGCCCAGCACCUAGCUCUCGCCACCACCACCCAACAGCUCACCUCCCAAGCCCAGCACAUGGCCAACCACCAGCAGCUGGCUUUGGCAAACACUCCCCAGCAAGCGCAGCAAAUCGCGCUGGCCAACAAUCCCCAAGCGCAGCAGCUAGCGCUGGCCAACACCAGCCAGCAGCUGAGCUCGCAGGCGCAGCAGCUUGCCUUGGCCAGCACGAACCAGCAGCUGACAUCGCAGGCGCAGCAGCUCGCGCUGGCUAACACCACGCAGCAGCUGAGCACGCAGGCGCAGCAACUGGCCAUGGCCAACACGCCACAGCAGUUGGCCGUGGCCAGCGUGGCGCUAGCUGCGGGCACCAAUCAGCAGCUGAUCGCGCAGCAGAAUUUGGCCACGGAGAUGCACAGGAACAGUCAGAUGAACGCGAUACAGACGUCGCAGGCGUUGGCGUUGUCCAACGCCACGCAGCCGAUGGUUUCGCUUGCAGCUGGGGCAAAUCAGCAACUGAUCGCGCAGCAGAAUUUGGCCACGGAAAUGCACAGAAACAAUCAGAUGAACGCCAUUCAGACGUCCCAGGCGAUAGCGAUGUCCAACGCCACGCAGCCGAUGGUUUCGUUUCCGAUCAUGACGCAGACAAUGAGUCACGCGUUGACUCAUUAGUUGGCGGGGUUUUGCGGGAAAGAAUGCUGGUUCGAGGAGAGUUAGCGAACCAGCAGCUGCCAGCAAACAAUCGGCAGCUGAUUGCGCAACAGAAUUUGACCACCGAGAUGCACAGGAACAGAAACGCGUUACAAACUUUGCAAGCGUUGGCGUUGUCCAACGCCACGCAGCCGGUUGUCUCGCUGGCAGCUGGGGCUAAUCAGCAGCUGAUCGCGUAGCAUAAUUUGGCUAUGGAAACGCACAGAAAAAAUCAGAUGAACGCCAUUCAGACAUCCCAGGCGAUAGCGAUGUCCAACGUCACGCAGCCGAUGGUGUCAUUUCCGAUCAUGACGCUGACAAUGAGUCACGCGUUGACGCAGACAAUGAGUCUCGCGUUGACUCAUUAGUUGACGGGGUUCUGCUGGAUAGGUUCGAGGAGAGUUAGCGAACCAGCAGCAAAUUGCUUAGCAGAAUUUGUCCACAGAGAUGCACAGAAACGGUAGAAUCCAACGACACGGUUUCGUUUCCCAUCAUGACGUAGACGUGACUCAUUGUCACGCGUUGACUCAUUAGUUGGCUGUUUUUUUGGGGGGGGGGGGGGGGAAGUGUGCUAAUUCGAAGUGAGUUGGCGAAGAUAAUAGGAUAUAUUUAUUUAGGUUUUUCUGGUUUGUUCUAUGGCCAAAUAUGAUCGCCGAUUGACGCCUAACCUACAAAAUGAUCAACGGAAACAAAGGUGCAUGAGACGAUACAUACGUGAUGGAAACUGAUGUGAGAUAAUAGUGACAAAAAAUCUUGUGGUAUAAAAACUGGUGAAGAAUAUAACUAGACUUAUUGUAUAUUCCCAUCAUGAGUUGUGACUGAUAAACUUUCUGCCGCAAGCAGUAACAGUGAAACUAUACAUUUCCAUAAGUUUCUUAUAUGAUAUGUUUCAUCCUUACAUAACUUAGAGCAAAACUGUGAAGAUUUGGAUAACAAAUUGAACAAUGGUCAUAAUUCCAAACUGAUUUAUUUUUUGUUGAUAGGCUCAUGAUUAGGUGAGAUAGAUCUGGAUCUUAGUUAUUUAUUUGAUUUCAAUUUAAUUUUGUGUUACCAUAGUCUUUUGAAUUUUCCUUAUGUACUAAUACAUUUUUUGAAAAAAACACACUCCUUUUUUCAUUUAAUUGUGACAACCUUUGAAAUUUUGUGUCCUCGCCAUUCCCAAGUUUUUCCAAACAUGAUAUGUAGGUACUGGCGGGUAGGUAGGUACUCUUGAAAAAUAUACAUGAUUUGACAUCUGGACAUAACAAAUCUGUAUUAUGGAUUAAAAAAAUGUCAUUACCAAAUACCAAAGCCAUCAAAUUAACAUGAAUAUAAUAAUUUUUGAAUUACAAUCAUUUGUAUUCAAUAAGUUUCCAUUAAAAUAAGAACAAACUAAAAAGCAUAUAUCACAUUUUAGUUGGGAGCAUAUAACACUAUCUAAUAAUCAUAUAUAUUAAUUGAUUCCACAUAAAAAAUAACAUCCUAUCACCACAACUUGAAAACAGCUAGUGUUUUUUCUUCAAUUCAUUGAAUCUCCUUGUCAAAUCAUCAAAAUCGAUGUCAUCUUUGGUCUGUGAGUUAGAACCAUGUGGUUGUGGUAA